AUGCAGCCAAAGACCACUUUGGUAGUACACAUCCUUCUAGUUGGAACAGCAUAUUGCGCAUUCCCCAAAUUCCGACCACCAAAUGAACCAAAUGUCCCCACUGUGCCAGACAUCCCCAGUUUCCCAAAACCGGUGACCCCGCCGAAACCGUUCAGCCCCGAUGGCAAUCCACCAGCAGCACCAGUCCCACCAGAACAAGUCCAAUCAAACAUGAUGCGCCUGGAGCAGACACUGGGAAGAAUCGAAGAAGGCGUCGACAUGGUAGUCCAAAUCGUUGAUGCCAUAUUACAACCCGCAAGCUCCACCAGCCCAGAGGAAGAAGAAAACACCUUACUCCCAAAAACAACCACCACAACAACACCACCACCAUCAACAACAACCUCAUUCCCCUCCUCCAACUUCUCCAACUGCAGAUCCUACGCCUCAUCCCUCCGAUCCUGCCUCUCCGCCCGCCCGCAAUUCCACUCCCUCGACCCCUCCGCCCAAGCCUUCUGCGCAUGCUACACCUCCACCUCCACCACAACCCCCUGCGGCACCAUAACUUCCACCUCGACCUCGAACUCCGCCAUGGCCUCCGCCCCUAACCCAUCCUCCAUCCAAACCAUCUCCAUGCUCGCCCUCGCAACCGCCGCCUUCGACGCCCCCGCCGCCAAAUGCCGCGACUUCUUCACGCAGCAGGGCUUCGCCAACGCCGCGAGCGUGCUCGCGGGCCGCGUGCAGGACCGCCUCGUCCCCGGCGCGGGGUUCUGCGGCGCCGUGGACGCGGAGCUGAGGCGCGGCGGGAACGCCACGAGGACGGUAGGGGGUGGGCUUCCGCCGACGCUCUCGGCGACGAGUGUCGGGGGGUGCGUGGUCAGGGGGCAGGUUGUUGUUAAUGGGGCGGAGGCGGGGGGACGGAGGGGGGGAGGAGGCGUGUGGGUGGGUUUCGUACCUUGGUUCUUUCUUCUGUUUUUGUGGGAGUUUGGUUGGGGGUGA